AAUUAUUUGGACAGUAGCAAUGAUAAUGCAAUACCACUUGAUGGUGAAUUAGAAGCAUCUGUUGCAUUUGAAUCAAAUGAAGUUUCAACAGAUAGCCCGAAUGAACGAUCAAGUUUAUUAGCCCCAUCAAUUCAAAAACAAAGAACAGUCAUGAUUCGUAAUCACAAGCGUAAUAUUUCAAGAAAGUCCGUUCAACAUGAAGGUAACAUUAAUGCAACAUCGUCAAACAAAGCAAUCAUACGAUCCGAACUUGAAAACCUCUUUGCGAAGAAGCGAACUAAUUGGAAAUGA